AGCCUUUGCCGACUGGCAGGACCUCACGGUCAUGUAAACAGAGAUAUAAUGCUGUCCUCAAUUGUUCCAUAUGCUGCAAAGCUGCUAAAUGUAAUUUUGGCGCCCCCAAGCGCCAGUGCCUCUUCUCCGCUACCCUUCUCCUUUGUUCUACGCGGAGCGUGUAUAAAGGCGCUCAAGCUGUUGCUGGCCGUAUGGCUUACGGCGCUUCUGCUAAGUGCGUUGCAGUCCCUGCUGGGCACCCUGCCGCUAGCCAUCGCAGUGGUUGCCGCAGUGCAGUGGCACCUGCAACUGCAGCGCAGGACCGCACCUUGUAACCACCUCCGCCCUGGACCCCCGCACCGCUCCGCAGCCCAGCAGCCCCUCCACCCGCUGCCUCCAGCCCUCCACCGCGCUCUCCUCCGAGCAGCCUCGUCCCUCACCUAUAGGCUCGCCCAGCUGUCUUCUCUGUGCCAGCACUGCUACUCCUCCUGCUUCCCCCACCAUGGGGCCACUGCAACAGGUGCGGGUGCUUCAGCAGCAGCAGCAUCGAGAGCAGCAGGUGCAGGUGCAACAGCAGCAGCUGGUGCCUCCGCCGGCCGCAGUAGUGCUGGCUGGCAGUCCUGGCUGCAGCGCUUGAUCCCGGGCGGCCCAGGUGGGCCCGGCUGGCUGAGAGCUCCUCUUGUCGUACGGUUGCUGUCGUGGACCCCACCAGGCCCCAGGGACCAGCUGCUACAGGGGCAGGUGCAGCGGCAGCAGCCACAGCAGCAGCAGAGGAAGCAUGCACGAGG